UAUGCGCUCGCGGACUUAGGGUACAAGUGGCUAUGGCGGAGGAGGAGGAGGAGGAGAUCAGAGCGCCCCUGCUCACGGGUGAGUCGGACGCGAGCUCAUGGGAUCCGGAGGCACUCGAUCCUUCCCCUCCUGGUGCUGCAGCUGCUGCCGCCACCGCCCUGCCCGAGACCUUGAACAAUGAGCUGGGGAUCGAGAGCCUCGACUACGAUCCAGUCUUUAGCGUCGUCCACGCCAAGACAACCACGAUCAAGCAAAAUCGGCGCCUCUACGGCUACACGGGGGCGACGUUGGCCAAGUGGAGCAUCACGAUUUGCAUUGGCGUUCUCGUGGGCUUGAUCGCGUACGUGAUCGAAUCGUCUCAGGAGUUCCUAGUCACGGAGAAGAAAUCAUUUGCUCAGAAAACAGUGGAGGGGAGCCUCAUUCUGUCCUUCCUUGGAUUUGCGGGUUUCAGCGUUCUCCUGAUCCUCAUCUCCAGCUGCCUUGUUCUGUUUUGGGCUCCUCCAGCUGCUGGUGGAGGGGUAACUCUUGUCAUGGCUUAUCUCAAUGGGAACGAUAUCCCCGAUUUUUUCAAGCUUAGCACACUUAUCACAAAAAUUAUUGGAACAAUCUGUAGCAUCUCGUCUGGCCUGUUGGUCGGCCAGGAAGCUCCAAUGGUUCACAUUGGAGCUGCGAUCGCUUCAGCAAUGACUUGGAUGCACGGAUCACUGCCGUCGGACAAAGAUGCCAGCACCAAAAGCUCGCGAUCGUGCUGGAAUGCAAAAGCCACGAACUUUGACUUCUACAACGACAAAGAUCGUCGAGAGUUUAUUUCAGCCGGUGCUGCAGCCGGCUUAGCCGCAGCUUUUGGUGCGCCGAUUGGCGGGGUAUUGUAUUCUUUAGAAGAAGCUUCGAGUUUUUGGUCUAAGAAGGUGAUGUGGAGAUCACUUCUUUGUUGUACCUGCGCAACAAUGGUACUGGCAUCAAUCAAUGAAUGGCAGUUUUCAAUGGCUUUGCCUGGCAGCAUGGCGUUUCGUCAGCUUAAGCCUGGCUUUCGAAUCAGAGACUUACCACUGUUCGCGGUUACGAGCGUUUUUGCUGGUGUCCUGGGCGCGUUUGUAAAUAUCGUUCAUGACAGGGUUGAUCGUUUAAGACCUGCAGCAACACGAAAGUUUUCAAGACUUUUGGAGGUUUGCGGUAUCACCGUCAUAUCCGUCGCGGUAAUGUACUUGCUUCCUCUUGCUCUGGGGUCGUGCUUACAAGUUCCCGAGGGUCCUCUCCCUGACGGGAAAAUGGACGAAAAGUAUUGGCUACGAUACAAGUGCUCCAAAGGUGAAUACAAUGAUCUGGCUACACUACUAUUCUCUCUUCCUCGAAAGAGCAUGCAACAGCUAUAUAACAUGCAAGGAGUAAAGCAUCAGUUUCCAACAGCAGACCUGGCGAUUCAUACCGGAUCAGUACUUUUCUUGUUUAUUAUUGCGUAUGGAACAGCCACUCCUGGUGGCAUUUUCAUGCCCUCCAUGCUCGCUGGAGCAUCCUUCGGAGCAUGCAUGGGAACAAUUUUUCAGGCAAUUUUUCCAGGUGAAAAUAUACAACCAGGACUUCAUGCGAUCGUGGGAUCAACUGCAAUGCUGGGAGGGGUGUUCCGGGCCUCCAUAUCUUUGGUAGUAAUCAUGGUCGAGGGAACGGGUGGCAUCGAUUUCAUCCUGCCGAUUAUUGUGGCCAUAGUCGUCUCAAACUGGGUUGCACACCACAUAUAUCACGCUGGCGCCUACGAAGCCGACUUGGAACGCCUUGGUGGAGUCUACUUCAUGCACAGCGAGCCUCCACACCAACUGGCAGCCUUGACUGCAUCGGAUAUUAUGUCGCCCAAUGUCAUAUGUUUCCACGAGGUAGUUCCUGUGCGGGAGGUGCUUGAAGUUCUUCGCAACACUAGGCACAAUGGCUUUCCGGUGCUGAGACACCCGAGCGUGGACAAUUCUGGAGCAGGCGAGAAAUUCGUGGGUCUCGUGUUAAGGCACCAGCUUCUCCUCCUCCUUGAGGAAGGCCUUUUCUCGGAAGUUGAUUCCUCCAGGCAGCAGCACAGAUUUUCCUUGUACGAGAAGCCGAUUCCCAAGCAGAUGCUCAUCCUGGAACAUUCAAUGCGUGCUUACCACCACUACCAUCAUCCUCACCGGAGGUUUUUGUCAUCCCGGCCUCAGGAGGUCGCUAGGAUUGAAGCAGAGCUGGCAACGAAGAGAAAUCUGGCCGAGGCGGACAUGGCUCCAGACAAGAAGACAAAGAAAGUUGUAGCACUGGAUUUGAGACCUUUUAUGAAUCGGGCACCUCUAACGGUUCGUCGGGAAUGCUCGGCUCAGCGUGUCUAUGUCAUAUUUAGAACCCUGGGGCUUCGUCACCUGUGUGUGACAGACUCUCACAACAGGGUAAUUGGGAUCAUAACACGGAAAGACAUUGCGAUGGCCCAGAAGCAAGGCUUUCAGAAGAAAUCUCUGCAGCACUGGGACUCAGACAUCAGGAGCUUGGUGGCAGAGGCUAGCACCAGCGAAACGAGCAAGAAUAGAAACAAGCUGUUCAACCUCCCAUAGACGGAGGGAGGCGGGCAUAUACCUUGUCACACAGUUUUACAGUUGGAACGUUCAGAGAUCUCAGCAACGAUUCUUCUUAUAGCACCUCUCCGAAUAAGAAGAAACAACCUUGUAGGAAAAGUUGGCAAAUAAUGGAGAGGAUAUGGAUGUGGGAUUCUCCCAAA